AUGGUGGAAAAACGUGUAAGGGUGGAGGACGAUGUUGAUGAAAUGCCAAAAUUAAUUUGCGAAGAAUGUAAAACACAAAUAACAAAUGUAUGUAAUUUUCGUGAUACAUGUGAAAAUAAUACCGAAUUGUUAUUAAAAAUACUCACAGAAUCAACAAAAGUUGAAACGUUCAGUGAAACAUCUGAAGAUUUUCAUAAUGAUAUUGAUGAUUUGAAGAUAAACGAUGAUUCAAAUUCAUCAAAUCAUAAUAACGAAACAAGUCUAGAACCAAAAUCUGAAAAUACUUACAAAUGUGAAUAUUGUUCUGAAACAUGUGCUAUAGGGGAAAUUUGUGGAUCAUACAGCGAUAAAUAUUAUUUGCAUAAGCAUUUAAAAGAGCAUAGAAAAACUGAUGAUGAUCCAAUUUUAGAUGAAUUUAUUAAAGCAACAGCAUCACAAAAAAUCAAAUCGGAAAUAUUAAGUCCAGAAAUUAUAAUCAAAGACAAUGUAACAUUAUUUCAAUGUCCCACAUGUAAAAGAGUUUACAAACAUCGAAAAUUCUAUAAUUCGCAUGCACGAAUUAAUCAUACAAGCACAGCACGUCUCUAUCCGUGUACAAGAUGUGAUCGAGUAUUCAAGUUAUCUUCGUCACUCAGACGUCAUCAAAAGAAUACGCACGACAAUCAAAAACAAGUUUGUACUGAGUGUGGGAAAUCAGUAAUUCACUUAAGUGUUCAUAUUCGAGAAGUUCAUGAUCAAAUACGACCGCAUCAUUGUACAUAUUGUAAUCGACGUUUCACAAAACCAAGUAUUUUACGACAGCAUAUACGUGAAAAACAUAUGGGACAAAAAUCGUAUAAAUUAUGCUCAGUAUGUGGAAAAACAGUACAAACGGCGCAAGCAUUACAAGAUCAUAUGCGUUCACAUACCGGAGAAAAACCAUUUGAAUGCUCGGAAUGUGGGAAAAAAUUCCGUAGUCAAAAAUAUUUACAUGGGCAUAUGCUAAUACAUACUGGUAUACGUGCGCAUAUUUGCUCAUAUUGUAAAAAAGGUUUUAAAACUAGCACAACAUUGAAGCGACAUGUUCGUAUACAUACUGGAGAAUGUCCAUAUGUCUUUGAAGAUGAUCAGUAUCCUCAAAACAUAUGUCUCGAAUGUUCAUAUGAAAUCGAAAAUAUUUGUGCAUUUCAACAAAAAUGCAUAGCGAAUUGCAAUAAACUCGAAACCGUAUUAAAUGAAUACAAUGAACAUAAUUCAAAAUUAAUUGUAUCAUUAAAAAUAGAAAAAGAUGAAAUUAUCAUCAAAGAUGAAUUUGCUUCCGAUCAUAUUGAGUCUGAUAAUGAUACAUCAUCAACCACAUCUAGCGAAGAGAAGCAAAAAUCAAUCAAUAACAAAAACAACAAAUAUUUCUGUACCAAAUGCAACAAAACAUUCCGACUUGAACGCAAUUAUAUUAAACAUUUACAAAUGCAUAAAAGAUGCAUCGAAUGUUGUAAAUAUUUUCAGUCACAAACUGUAUUAGAACAACAUAAACGUGAAAAACAUAAUGGUGAAAAAUUAUUUGUAAAAGUGUGUACGAUAUGUGGAAAACAAUGUUAUUCCACUACAUCAUUUUUAUAUCAUAUGAGAUCACAUAACGAUGAAAAUCCGUAUAAAUGUAAUAUUUGCAAUAAGGAAUUUAAGAUUAUUAGCCAUUUAAAUGCACAUCGACAAUCUCAUGGUGGUUUUAAAGCACAUAUUUGUAGAAAUUGUAAUAAAUCGUUUACGACCAGUUAUUCUUUAAAAAUUCACAUGUUAAUACAUACAGAACGGCAUAAACGUGAAAAACAUAAUGGUGAAAAAUUAUUUAUAAAAGUGUGUACGAUUUGUGGAAAACAAUGUUAUUCCACUACAUCAUUUUUGUAUCAUAUGAGAUCACAUAACGAUGAAAAUCCAUAUAAAUGUGAAAUUUGUAAUAAAGUAUUUAAGAUAAUAAGUCAUUUGAAUGCUCAUCGACAAUCUCACAGCGGUGUAAAAUCACAUUUAUGCGAACAUUGUAAUAAAUCAUUUUUGACUAGUUACGCGUUAAAGAAACAUAGUGUUAUACAUACAGGUGAAAGGCGAUUUAGUUGUCAACUAUGUAAUAAAAAGUUUACACAAAAAACUCAUAUGAUUACACAUAUGAAAGUACACAAAAUUGCUUUGUAA